AUGGCCGCCGCGAAUGGCGUGGGUGAUGGCAUCUUCUCCGCCACAUACAAUGGAAAUCCCGUCUGGGAGUUCCAGUUUGUAGGCCCAGAUGCAAAGAGGGAGCAUGUGAUGCGACGCCAGUCCGACAACUGGGUCAAUGCCACGCACAUCCUGAAAGCCGCCGGCUUCGACAAACCCGCGAGAACUCGAAUUCUCGAGCGCGACGUACAAAAGGGCAAUCAUGAGAAGGUCCAGGGAGGUUAUGGCAAGUUUCAAGGAACCUACCUGCCUCUGGCAGAUGCGAAAGAGCUGGCCCGACAACACAAUGUUCUCGACCGAAUUGGCCCCAUCUUCGACUUUGUCCCAGGCGCUGUCACACCCCCUCCAGCUCCUCGACAUGUCAGCAAGCCGAAACAGCCCAAGAAGAGUGCAGCUAUUCCUCAAGCCGGACCUGCUGUGAAGAAGCGGAAGCGCAAUGAACAUUUCGCGGAGGACUUGGACCGAUCUUCUGUUGCAUUUCGAGAUGAUACACCCGAUGACCAGACCGUUGCCUCCGGCAGUUACAUGGCUGAGGAUGACGCAGACAGGAUGAUUCUGCACAGGCACACGAUGUACGGCGAGGCGCUCCUUGACUACUACGCCCUAGACAUGCGCGAUUCAUCCGCUCCGCGCCCAGAGCCCCCUACGAACUUCAGACCCGAUUUCCCCAUCGACAAGCACCAGAAUACAGCCUUGCAUUGGGCCUCGGCGAUGGGUGACAUUGACGGAGUUAAGCACAUGAAGCGCUUCGGUCCAUCCCUUGCCGCGAGAAACAUGCGGGGCGAGACCCCCAUGAUGCAUGCAGUCAACUUCACGAACGCGUUCGACAAGCAGACAUUCCCUGCCAUAAUGGAGGAGCUUCGAGAGAGCAUUGGAGAGCGCGACCUCUCGGGCCGGACCGUCUUGCACCAUGCUGUUUCGCACGCUGUCUCGGUGAAGUAUCGGAGACCUGCUCGGUACUACGUCGAAACCAUCCUGGGAAAGCUACAGGACACACACGAGUCCACGUUUGUCGAGCAGCUGGUGAACUCCCAGGACGUCAACGGCGACACAGCGAUCCACCUUGCUGCCGAGAACAAGAACACCAAGAUCAUCCGCUCGCUGCUUGGCCGUGGCGCAUCGACUUCGAUCCGCAACAACAAGGGCAUGCAUGCCGAGGAAAUGAUCCGAGAGCUCAACGAGGGUAUCCGGUCUCGCUCCGCCAUGCCUCCGCCAUCGUCCUCGCCAUUUGCUCCUCCACCUCGGCGACCAAGCGUGAGCGACGCGCUGCAAGACAUGUGGAAGAAUGCCGAGUUCCGAUCCGAGGCUGCCAAAGCCGUCCAGAAGCGCAUCGCCCCCAGCAUACUGCAAAAGAGUAGACAUCUUGCGCAGAUUUUCGAGGACGAGUGGCAGGAGAAAGACGAUGCUGAGCAAGAGGUUCGUCAGAUACUGGAGAAUACCCAAGAGGAGGCAGUGGCUCAGAUGGAGGAGUUGCGCCGUCACGAGUCAAUGCUCGAGCCGGAUGAGGUUGCCGCGAAGACGACGGCCGAGGCGGCGCAGUUGCGCACACAAGUCACCUCCAUGCUCAAGUAUCAGAACCGCAUUGCAGUCCAAGGCAAGGUCCACACCGAGCUUAGCAUGCAGGUCAAUGGCAACAGCCAAGGCGCGAGCAGCCAGGGGAGUAGCCUUGACGACGACACUGAGCGUCGACAAGUGGCAUCGGAGCUUCUCGGCAGGAUCCGCGACCUGCGCACGCUGGAGGAGGACCUGGUGGACGCGACAGGACUGAAGGGCGUGGGCCAAGCCAUCGAGAACUACCGGUAUCUGCUCCAGCUUUGCCUUGGCCAACAGGCGCCUGGUCUUGAUGACAACCUCGACAACAUGAUUCGGGAGAUCCAGUACGAGGUCGAUUAUACGAACGGCUCCCGGGCGCGCAAUGGUGAGCCACUCGCCGUGGAUCUUUCUGACGGGGAGUAG